ACAUUGUUCUGCAGCUCCCGGCGAGCAGCAACCUCCCUCUGCUGCUGCUGCUGCUGCUGCUGCUGCACACAGACACUCAGGAGGACACACACACAGACACACAGACACAGAGACAGGUCUGUGGUCUCUGGUCUCGGGUCGGUACCGGGACACAGUCUCUGUGUCAGACCGAGAACCGGCGGGGCGGAGACUGAUGGAUCCACCGGCUGAAGCGUAAGGAGACAAAGACAGACAGACACACAGACAGACGGGCGGACAGUGAGACAGACAGACGUACAGACGGACGGACGGACGGACGCUAUGACCGGAGCCUCGCGCCGUUGGACCGUUGGCAGGCACGAGCUCAGGUGAGUGUCGGCCAGAACAAAGAGUCCUCCUCGUCGGCUUUUCUCUUUGAUUUCAGCCCUCUGAUGCUCCCACUGCCGUCGUCAUGGCAACCAUACCAUAGUCUGAUGUCAAAAGGAGAGGAGGAAACAAGGAGAGAAGGAAACAAGGAGAGGAGGAGAGAGAGUGUGUCAGAGCUCAUCUAUAUUUAAAAUAUCAGUGAAGAUUAACGGUUUAAAAACGACUGAAAACUCUUUAAUAUUUAAAUAUUUACAGACUUAUUAAUAAUUAUUACAGUGAUUAUUGAUUAAUUGUUCUUCUUCCUGUUUGUGUUUACAAACAAACAUGUGACAUCAUCAGUCAAACAGCUUCCCAUUGGCCCGCUUCAAACUUUAUUCUUCUUAUUAUUACUUUUUUAUUUUUUCAAAUAUAUUAUAAUGAUCAUAAAAAUCAUUAUUGUCCUUUAAAAUUAUAAACAUUUUUGAGUUUUGAUUAUUGUUAAUAAUUAUUAAUAAUAUAAUAUUAUAUAUAUUAUUUUUCAAUAAAUAUUUCUGUUAUUUUUUAUUUAAUUUUUUGUUUUUAUUGUAAGUAUAUUUUAUUUAUAUAUAUACACAUUAUUAUGAUAAUUCUAAGUGUUAUUAUUGUUGUUGUCAUUAAUGUUUUUGUUUUUUUAGUUGUUUGUUGUGUUAUGAGAUUUUUUAUUUGAUUUAAUUUUAAGUUUUUUUUUAUUGUUAAUAUUUUUAUUUCUAGUAUUUUAAAUGUUUCUAAUGUAACUUUAUUAUUAUUAUUAUUUUUAUGUUAUUAUAAUUAUUUUAAGUAGUAUUAUUAUUGUUGCUGUUGUAAUUAUUGUUUUCUAUUAUUUCUAUAAAUAUUAUUUCAUUUUUUUUCACUUUCUGCUCUUGAAAAAGUUUUUAAUUUUUAAUUUUUUUGAAUAUUUCCUUGAAUUUCUGAGUUGACGUGAAUCAAAGCUGACAGACUGUUCCUUUAAAUCAGCCGGUCAACAGGAAGACCAGUGAAGGAAGUCAGCUUCCUGACACACACACACACACACACACGGUCCGGCCCUUUGUGUGUGUGUGUCCCAGUUUCUGCUCUUUGUCUGACGUCUUCAUUGAAAAACACAAAGACGUUGUUGGACAGACACUCGAGGACAGAUAUUAAUAACUGAAAUAAGGAAGAGAAACAUCAGAAAGUCUUUAUUCUUUAAAUAAACCGACAACAGACGAAGUUACACGACACGAAAUCUUGGAGACGUCCUCAUCGCUGUCGGGUCAUGUGACCUCUUCAUGUGAAAUAACAGCUGAUUCAUGUUUUUAUACAGAAAUCUUAUUUGAAGGAUCAGAGGUUUAGGACGAGUCCUGGGAGACAGCAGCUGUUGGACAGGGUCACCUUAGUACAGGGACUGUCUCUUGUCAGGUCUUAGUCUUGGUCUUUGGUCUCCUGGGACAUCUGUGAAUUCUGUCUGUCCCUCUUACAAUGUCCCUGGUCUCUAGUCCUGAGUCCCUCUAUGGAGGUUUAGGAGACAUUUAGGCUUCAAGAACAACAACAGACUUCAGAGUCCCCCAAUGAUGUCUCACUGUCCACCUGUCUUUCUGUCUGUCCAGGUAGCCCAGCCCUGAGGUGAGGCAGGUUGUGAUUGGUGGUUGUCAUGGCGCCAAGGCCGUCCUCAGGGGAGCUAUGGGGGCUCCACCUGAUGCCCCCUCGGAUCCUGGUGGACUGCUGUCUGCCCAACGGUAAUGUCUCUAAAUGUGUCUCUGACAGUGUCUGUUUCUCUACAUGUCUGUCCCUCUUACAAUGUUCCUGUCUCUAUCUGUCCCUGGUCUCUGUCUGUCCCUCUUACGAUGUCCCUGCUCUCUGUCCGUCCCUCUGGCGAUGUCCCCGGUCUCUCUCUGUCCCCGGUCUCUGUCUCAGGGAUGAUGGUCAGUCUGGAGUGUCUCCGAGAGACGCCUCUCAUCAGCAUCAAGCAGCAGCUCUUCACUGAGGCCAGGAAGUACCCGCUCUACCACCUGCUGCAGGUAAGUCACUUACUCAUCUUUGACUCCGCUCCUUUAAAAUUACUGGUUAAUGCUGGAAUAACCUCUGCUCUCUGAUUGGCCAGGAGGAGUCAUGCUACAUCUUUGUGGGCGUGACCCAGGAAGCAGAGAGGGAGGAGUUUUACGAUGAGACACGGCGGCUGUGCGACCUGCGGCUGUUCCACCCCAUCCUGAAGGUCAUCGAGCCGCUGGGAAACCGAGAAGAGAAGAUCCUGAACCGAGAGAUAGGUAACACCUGUCCUCACCUGUUCUCACCUGUCCUCACCUGUCCUCACUGGCUUUUACCCAUCUUCACCUCUCAUCUUCUGUCCCCACAUGUCCUCAACAAUAACCAGUCCUCACCGGUCAUGCAGCACCUGCCAUCAUCUACCAUCAUCACCUGUUCUCACCUGUCACCACCUCAUUGGACAGUCCAACCACAUCCCACCUUCAGCCUAUCCGCCAAAAGCUUGUCUUCACACCUGGUCUCUGAUGUCACACAGGUUCAUGAGUUAGGCCAAAAGGUAACCCGUAGAAGAUCAGGUCCAGACUGAGACAAGGGGACUUAGACCAGUUACAAAGUGGGGUCAGAAGGACUUCAUGAUGAAUAAUGGUUCCAACUGGGGUCAAAAGAAGACUUGGCUCAGAAGCUGGGUCUAUAAAGACUUGGGAGGGAACACUAGAUCCACGAUGGGGUCAAAAUCACUAUUGUAAAAAAAGUCCCAAAACAGGGUCAAAAGAAGAACUGGUGUACUUCAACUGGUGACUAAACUGGGUCAAGAAGACUGGUGCUGGGAAAAGAAAUUAGGGGUCAAAGAUGGUAAACAAGUCUGAAAGUGGGUUAAUGGGGGACGGGGUGGGGGGGUUAUAGACUAAUAUGGAGAAGAUUAUUCCAAAAGGGGUCAAAAUACCAAUGUAGAGAACCUGACGGGGAUCAAAAUAGGCUAUAAAUAAGAGGAAAGAGGACCACAUUGUGGACACUGGUUCAAGAAUGGGGUCAAAAAAAAGAACAAGUUCCAAAGUGGAGAUGGGGUGGAGUCAGUGUGGAGGUAAAAGUCCUUCCAAACUGGGGUCAAAAAGGUCUGACUUAGAGAAACUGGUUCCAAACUGGAGUUUAAAUGGACUGUAGUAGGAGUUCGUGUUUGGAUGUGGGGUCAAGACAACUCUGGAAGGAAAACCAGUUCAGAAUCAGGGUCACAGAGGAGAGCUCCAAUCUGGGGUUAAAACUGGUUAAAGAAGAGGAACUGGUUCCAAGGCAGGACCAGAAGGUACUCAAGUAUAGAUUUUGGUUUCAAAGUGGGUCCAACUGGCUCAGAGGUCAGGGGUCAGACAGGACUUAGAUGAUGAUACUAGAUCCUCACCUGGGUUCAAACCGAUCUUUUUGACCCCUCUCUCUCUGCAGGGUUCGCCAUCGGGAUGCCUGUGUGUGAGUUCGAGAUGUUGAAGGACCCCGAGGUUCAGGACUUCAGGAGGUCCAUUCUGAGUGUCUGCAGAGAGGCUAUGGAGGAGAGGGAAGGGGGCGGAGCCCACAGCCAGGCGCUAUAUGUCUACCCCCCUAACGUGGAAUCCAGCCCCCAGCUCCCCCAGCACAUCUACAGCAAGCUGGACAAAGGUAGUGACCCAGGGGGACCAGCAGGGGGCGGUCUGUCUGUGGACCUGGUUGUCCUCUUACUGAGAUCCUCCUCUGUUCCUCUGCAGGGCGGCUGAUCGUGACCAUCUGGGUGAUCGUGUCUCCAUCCAACUCCAAACAGAAGUACACUCUGAAGGUAAUCCAGACUGACUCCUCAGGGUUCUCCAAAGGUUCUGUUGACCCGCUGUGGUUCCGUAGUCCUCCAGACCCUGAUCAGGAGGUUCAAAAGAACGAGGCCAUUAGCUUCAGUUGACAAAGUUUCAUUAGAUUUAACUCAGGUCCUGGUCCAGACCCUGGGACCUGCGGACAGGUGAAGGUUCUAGUCCUGUCCAGACCUCCAUCCAAGAUCACGGACUCUCAUUUCCUGUGUCCAGGUGAGUCACGACAGUUUACCUGAGCAGCUGAUCGCAGAGUCCAUCAGGAAGAAGAGCCGGUCCAUGCACCUGUCCCCCCAGCAGCUCCGCCUCUGUGUGCAGGAAUACCAGGGCCAGUACAUCCUCAAGGUACACCUGUCCGUCUGUACACCUGUCUGUCCGUCUGUACACCUGUCUGUCUGUACACUCACACAGCUGUCUGACUCACCUGUCUGCUCCCUCAGGUGUGUGGCUGUGACGAGUACCUUCUGGAGAAGUAUCCUCUCAGUCAGUACAAGGUAGUAACCUUAAACUCCACCCAUCACCUCCUGAUCUCCACCUGUCUCACCUUCUCAGCUGAUCUCCCGUCUCUUCCUGCUCCCCCCCCACUCACCUGUCUGUCUACCUGCAGUAUAUCCGCUCCUGUAUCAUCGUCGGUCGUCUUCCUCACCUGAUGCUGGUGUCCAAAGACAGUCUGUACUCUCAGCUUCCUGCCUCCGGCUUCGUCACGCCUUCGUACAGGUACAGUGGCCAAUCAGCAUCUCAGACACAGGUAUCAAUCAGCCAAUCAGGAGCCUGUUUGUGAUGAUGCGUUAUUGUUUGUGUUUCAGCCGGCGUACUCCUCAGCCGUCCCCGUGUCCUGGAGGAGGAGACGGAUCGCCUCCCCGCUCUUUGUGGGCGUUCAAUACGUUACUGAGAGUCCGCCUGCUGUGUGCGACGUACGUCAACGUCAACAUCCGGGACAUAGACAAGGUGAGACCAUCCGUCCACCUGUCCCACCUGUUCCACCUGUCUCCAUCAACACAGUCUUUACGUUAACGAUCAGUCCGUUUCCAUGACACUCGAGAAAACCGAAUUAUCGCCUUAUUCCGAUUAAGACCAGACAACUGAAGGUCAUGUAAACACCUUAGUCCGAGUCGGAGAACUCUGAUUAAGACACCCAGAUAAUGUGAUUGGAAUUCGAUUUUCUCUACCAUGUUACCGGCGUAGUCGGAGUAUGAUCGGACAGUGCAUGUGUGUGUGCCAUGGCUCUGUAACCCCGAAGCACCAAUUAUAACUGCAAUGAUUGUCUAUGAUGAAGGAGGUCCUGACAGACUUGUCCUUUUGUGUGUCCUUGUGUGUUCUUGUGUGUUAUUGUGUGUGUAGAUCUAUGUGAGGACAGGUAUUUAUCAUGGUGGAGAGCCGCUCUGUGAUAACGUCAACACACAGAGAGUUCCCUGCUCCAACCCCAGGUAAGACAGAAACAUCACACACACACACACACACACACACACACACACACACACACACACACACACACACACACACACACACACACGUGCACUAUACAGGUUCACAGGUACACAAUAGACACACUAUGAAAUUACACUGUGGUGUCGUGUGUUUGAACUACCUGUCUGUGUGUCUCUCCAGGUGGAAUGAGUGGUUGACCUAUGACAUCUACCUGGCUGACCUCCCUCGCUCGGCCAGACUCUGCCUGUCUAUCUGCUCUGUGAAGGGAAGGAAAGGAGCCAAGGAGGUAAGGAAAGAAGGACAGUUGAAGGAGCUGAAUGAACCCGUCUGUCUGAUCACCUGUCUGUCUCAGUCCGUUUCCAUGACACUGGAGAAAACCGAAUGUUUACGAGGACAAGGAGAGAAGUCUGAUUCAGCGAAAAAACCUGAAUUAUGAGCUUAUAGUCCGAUUAAACUGUGACUGUAAACGAACUGAGUGUCUGUUGUCUCCGUCUCUGUAUCCACCUGGUCACCUGUCUCUCUCUCUCCGUCUUCAGGAGCACUGUCCUCUGGCCUGGGGGAAUGUGAACCUGUUCGAUUACACUGAUGUCCUGGUUUCGGGUAAAGUGGCUCUUAGUCUCUGGCCGGUUCCUCAUGGUCUGGAGGACCUCCUGAAUCCAAUCGGAGUGGCCGGUUCCAAUCCCAACAAGGUAUCCAGCCUGUCUGCGUGCACACCUGCCUGUCACGGGUGGAGUGAUCGAUCCUGACCGACUGACUGAUGGUGUCUUCUGUCCGUAGGAGACUCCCUGUGUGGAGUUGGAGUUCUCCUGGUUCAACCAGACCGUGGUCUUCCCUGAUGAGCAGCAGAUCGAAGAACACGCCAACUGGACCAUCAGCAGAGAGCUGGGCUACAACUACUGCCAAGGACUGGUAUUAGAUUUAUCGAUGUCCAACCAUGUCACUGAGUUUAGACAGCUGUCCUUAACCUGAAUAACAUCCCCCGUCUCUCUCUACCUGUCCUUUACUCGACCUGUCCUUUAUUCCACCUGUCCGUCUCAGAGCAGUCGUCUGGCCUGUGACAGCAGUGUCUCGGCGGCGGAUGCGGAGCAGCUUCGUUCUCUCUGCUCCAGAGAUCCUCUCUAUGAGCUGUCGGAGCAAGAGAAGGACUUCCUGUGGAGACACAGGUGAGGACGGGCUCUACCUGAGGACACAGGUGGAGGUGGGUUAGCUAAGUUACAAAGGUGGGGGCAGUAGCAGACUCAAAUUUGGUGACAUAGUCCAGGACAGGGCUUGUCCUGGAGACACAGGUGAGGACGAACAAACUUUGACAUAAAAAAGGACCAAAGACGAAUGUUCCUGUCCAAGUGUCCAUCUGUCUCUGUCUUCACCUGUCUGAAGUGUCUUUAUAAAAGUCACUGCUCAUCUUUAACUGCCCCCCCCCCCCCCUUGUCUGUCUUUGUCUUUGUUUACAAACAUUCACCUGUCUGUCUGUUUGUCUGUCUUUGUCUUUUCCAUCUCCGGCCUCUGGGCACCUGUCUAUUGGUAUGCCUGUCUUUAUGAUCCUGUCCCCCAUAGUACCUGUCUCACUGUGUACCCUUCCCCCUGUGUACCUGUCCCCCUGUGUACCUCUCUCUUUGUGUACCUGUCCCCCAUAGUACCUGUCUCCCAUAGUACCUGUCUCACCAUGUACCUGUCUGUCUCUCUGCAGACAUUACUGCGUAAACAUCCCAGAGUCUCUUCCAAAGCUGCUCCUGUCCGUCAAAUGGAACUCCAGAGAUGAGGUUUCGCAGGUACAGCGUUCACCUUUACCUGUAUGAUUCCACAGUGACCUUGAUGUCCUCACCUGUCCUCACCUGUCCUCACCUGUCUGCCUCCCCCCUCAGAUGUACUGUUUGCUGAAGGAGUGGCCUCUGAUGGAGCCCGAGUCGGCUCUGGAGUUGCUGGACUGUAACUUUCCUGAUCCGAUGGUCCGAGAGUUCGCUCUGCGCUGCCUGGUUCAGGGCCUGACAGACGACAAGCUGUCGCAGUACCUGCUGCAGCUGGUCCAGGUGUGUUGAUGAGUCUCAGUACUCUUGUUGGCUCAGGUGUGGGACAGGUGCAGUCUGAUUAGGUCUGUUCCAAACUCCGACUGUAUGCUGAUGAUGUUUGUGUUUACCUGAGUUCAGGUGCUAAAGUACGAGAUGUACCUGGACAACCCUCUGGCUCGCUUCCUGAUCAAGAAGGCUUUGACCAAUCAGAGGAUAGGACACUUCUUCUUCUGGCAUCUGAAGUAAGAAACCUCAACCGUCGAAUGAAGGAGUGUUACCCCCGAUUUCCAUCGCAUUCGGAAUUAUUGUGCGAAUCUACAGGUUCUUGUGAGUUCUCACAAUUCCUGCUGUCCAUAAUUUGCCGUUCCGUUCUGGAUGUGGUGAAAAUUGGGGUUCACACCAAAAAACCUUGACCUAGUCCUUUUGAAGUAGUUCUGGUUCCUGAUACCUGCGUGAUCUUUCAUGUUUCAGGUCAGAAAUGCACAACAAGACGGUGUCCCGGCGCUUCGGUCUCCUGCUCGAAGCUUUCUGCAGAGCCUGCGGCAUGUACCUCAAACACCUGAACAGACAGGUAAACAUGAGGUUGAUCUGGUCUGUGCUCUGAUUGGUCAGCGCUGUCUCUCCUGAACUCUUUCAUGUUGUUGUGUCUGCUUUUGUUCAGGUGGAGGCCAUGGAUAAACUGGUGAAUCUGACCGACACUCUGAAACAGGAGAAGAAAGAUGAGACUCAAAAAGUAACGAGAACUCCUGUCUGUCCGAGAUUUCGCUGCAAUGUGAUUGGGUGAUCAUGACAUGCAUCAAAUUGAUUAUGUAUUCACUGUGUUGUGGUUGGUGGACAGACUCAGAUGAAGUUCCUGGUGGAGCACAUGUCCCGUCCAGAUUACAUGGAGGCUCUGCAGGGAUUCGUUUCUCCUCUGAAUCCAGUUCACCAACUGGGAAACCUCAGGUAACCCACUGAAUGGAGAACCUGACCCUAACCCCAAACGAUGAAGAUGUUUGAGUGUCUGUUCAGGAGAGUUCUAAAUGUCUCUGUGUGUGUCUGUGUGUCUGAGUCUAGACUGGAGGAGUGCAGGAUCAUGUCCUCGGCCAAGCGCCCCCUGUGGUUGAACUGGGAGAACCCUGACAUCAUGUCUGAACUUCUCUUCACCAACAACGAGAUCAUCUUCAAGAACGGAGAUGGUAGCUAACUUGGUGCUACGCCUACACUAAUGAUAACCAUCGACCCCUGUAAGGCAUUGUGGGUAAUGUAGUGUGUGACCUGUGUGUGUAUUACAGACCUGCGUCAGGACAUGCUGACUCUGCAGAUCAUUAAAAUCAUGGAGAACAUCUGGCAGAACCAGGGCCUGGACCUUCGGUGAGGACCUGAGACUCCAUCAGUGUUUGUGACGUUAUCACACACACCUGCCUAACUCUGAGUGUGUGUGUGUGUGUGUGUGUGUGUGUGUGUGUGUGUGUGUGUGUGUUUGCCCGGCAGCAUGCUGCCGUACGGCUGCCUGUCCAUCGGGGACUGUGUGGGUCUGAUCGAGGUGGUGAAGAACAGUUUCACCAUCAUGCAGAUCCAGUGUAAAGGAGGCCUGAAGGGGGCGCUGCAGUUCAACUCCAACACACUGCACCACUGGAUCAAAGACAAGAACCGCGGGGAGGCGUCAGUACCUGUCCGUCCGUCUGUCUGUCUGUCUGUCUGUCCGUCUGUCUCUACCAGUGUUGUUGUUGUCGGGCCGUCUUUUACCUUUCCUGUCUUAACCCGUCUGUCUGCACCUUUAAACCAUGAGACAAGAACCCCAGCAGGUCAACUGAACCCGUCUGUCUCCGUACCUGUCUUCAUGACUUCCUGUCUCUCCUCCCCCUCACAUUGUCAGCAGCAGUAACUGGAAUUGAAACUGACGCCUAAUUAAUCUUCUCUUACUGAUCCUCCGUCCUCUGAUCCGUCUCUGUCUGACUUCCUGUCUGUCUCUCCACCUGUCUCUCUCUCUCUCUCUCUCUCAGGUAUGACCGUGCCAUAGACUUGUUCACGCGCUCCUGUGCGGGUUACUGUGUGGCGACCUUCAUUUUAGGGAUCGGAGAUCGACACAACUCCAACAUCAUGCUGAAGGAGAACGGACAGGUGAGACAGCCACACCUGUUGUCCCGUCAGAGUCCUUUUCCAUCACCUGUCCUCUUCGUCACUCUUCGUCCUCUUUGUCUUCCAGCUGUUCCACAUCGACUUCGGUCACUUUCUGGAUCACAAGAAGAAGAAGUUUGGUUAUAAGAGGGAGCGCGUGCCCUUCGUCCUGACGCAGGACUUCCUCAUCGUCAUCAGCAAAGGCGUCCAGGAGUCCACCAAGACCAAAGAAUUCGAGAGGUCUCACCUACACCACACCUGUGUAAUGCUCGGGCCGUCUCCCUCCACCUGUCUCACUCUCUCUGUACCUGUCCGUCUCCAGGUUCCAGGAGAUGUGUUACAAAGCUUACCUGGCCAUCAGGCAGCACGCCAGCCUCUUCAUCAACCUCUUCUCGCUCCUCCUCGGCUGCGGCAUGCCCGAACUCCAGAGCUUCGAUGACAUCGCCUACCUGAGGAAGACGCUCGCCCUGGGUGAGACAGCUAGACAGGUGGAGAGAUGGGGACAUGUGAAAAGGGGACAGAUAACCUCUAAUUUCCACCACAUCCGGAAUGGCAACAAAAAGGUCGUAUCCUCCGAUCGUAGCUGAUCGUAACCAUUCAAGUUAACGUGUCAAUACACACCGACUUCUUUCCGUUCCUCUGAGGAUCACCACGGAAUUCGUCUCACAAACAGAUCUGGUAGGAAUCGGUGGACGGUGAAAAUCACUGCCGUUCUGGGUCAUAGUGGUGGAAAUCCAGGGAAUCUUUCUGUUCUCUGUCUUUUUUGACGUCCCUGUGUCUCCAGUCCGUCUCUCCCGGUCUUUGACGGAUUUGUCUUUUUUACCCGUCUGUCUGUCGGUCCGACCCGCCUCACUUUCUCUUUGCCCCGCCUUCCCGUCUGACCUGUCUGCUUGUCUUUCUGUCCCUCCGUCUCUCAGAGAAGAGUCAGCAGGAGGCGUUGGAGUAUUUCACCAAACAGAUGAACGACGCUCAUCAUGGCGGCUGGAGCACCAAGAUGGACUGGAUCUUCCACACCAUCCGGCACAUGCCCAACGAGCACUGACACUGUGUGUGUGUGUGUGUUUACGUGUGCGUGUGUUUGUGUGUUUCAGAUGUAGUUGAUGGGAUGGUUGUCGUAGUAACAUAAAUCUCAGGUGGUCAAGGAUGAGAACAGGAGGACUGCGAUGAUAGAGACGGAAAUGACGACGGUGAUAAUGUCCUUUAUGUCUUCCAGGAGCAGCUGCAGUUAUUCGGCGUUUGAGUUUCCUCGGAAGUUGGAGUUGAAAAUGACGUCACACCCCGGCUUUUCUGCUACUAAGUCAGAAAAAAGCAAAAUGGGAGUCGGAAACAGGAUGGCUUCAUCUAAGAAAGUUGGUUUAGCGCUUGCACUAUAAGGCAAGUGCUAAAAUUUGGUAACUUGAAACGCUGGAAACUCGGGUGUCACGUCGUUUUCAGCGCCGACUUCGGAGGAAACUCGAAUGCAGCAUUAGCCUGUUAGCCUGUUAGCCUGUUAGCUGCUCCUUCUGAGGGGAGGUUUAAAUCGAAACUUCCUAACUGUAGCAAACAUUUGAAUCAAACUUUAUUGACAGCAGCUGUUCGUUUACAAAUUGUUGGCAAAAAAUUUAAUUGAAGCCAACUUUAUUGAAACCAGCAAAGUGAACACUGUGGACGAUGCUAUAAAAGCAAUAAAAACCUCCAGGAGUCGAUCGUUUGACAAUCAGGAGUUCUGACCAAUGAGGAGGCUGAGCCGAUGGGCUGUGGGCGGAGUCACUGUGCUGAAUGAUCCAAUCAUGCGUCUUUGAUCACAUUGCUGUCUGGAUUUGAUCGAUAAAUUUUUAAAAAUCUGAAUAAUUCUGCAGUUUGGUUUUUAAUACUUUGAUAUUUAUUAUUUUUUUAUUCUUCUUUUCUCUUUUAAAAACGAGUUUUCUUUGUUUUUUCUUGUGCGGAUCAUUUUUAAUAUAAAUCUCAGUAAUUGGUUAGAUUUUCUUCUUUUUCUAGAUUUAAGACGUGACGUUUUUUUGUCUUUAGCUGCUCCAAAAACCUUUUUUAUUGAACGGACUAGAUUUAAAUACUGCACAUAUCAUCAGGUCAAUCAGGGAUCAAAGUCUUUCCUCGACAAUCUCGACCAAUCAGCUGCUCGUUAGCCGUUAGCUGAGUCAGGUCUUAGUUAGCUUCUAGAGCACUGUGCGUAGCACACACCAUGCUAGGCUAGCUGUUAGCAUGUUAGCUUAGUUCUAAAUCAUAGUCGGUUCUUGGUUAGCCGAACCGUUGCACUGAAACAAUGAAUUGUGGGUAGGGUUUGUUAGAGUAGCGUUAGUGGCAGUGAAAGUCCCGCCCCUUUUGCUUGAUUGGUUGUCAUUCAUAAGUGGGCGGGAUCUCGCUCAGACCAGUUAGAGUUUGAUGACACCCAAUAAUGUGAAGGUUUGAUGGUUUCUGCUGAGGUCAAAGGUCAGUCUAAAGGUCCUUUUACACCGGGAGCGUUUUUUUCGUGCGAUUAUUUCGUAUGCGCUUAUUUUUUCGGAUCACGGUCGAUUUUUCUAAAGUUUCUCAUACCGUGUGUUCACUUCUGACCAAUCAGAUUUCAUGUUGUUGCGACGUCAGAUUCACUGGUAUAUCCAACAUGGCCGACCGGCUGAUUGUUUCCGUGUCGGAGAACAGAGUGAUUUUUGAUAAAAGACACAAACAUUACAAAGAUAACGACCUGAAGGACAACUUGUGGAGAGUCAUAGCGUUGGUUUGAUAAACGUCUUUGUUUGAACUUUCAUCUGUGCUAACGUAAGCUAACGGUUGUUACCAUGGUUACAUGUGUUUAUCUUAUCGCCUCUGAUUGGCUGUAAGUGCUGACCGUUUUGCCCGGGACGCGUCUUUUUUCCCCCGGAAAGUCACAAAAUUGCAUCAGGCUUGAUUUGUAUAGUCAGGCACGCCAAAAUUCGCCUCCGAAUAUUUCGUAAUUUCACGUUCUAUAUUCACGUCGGCCCGGUGUGAAAGGAGCUUUAGUUCGGCUUCAGACAGGAAGUGUCACGGCUGCUCUGAAUGACUCCUAAACUUACCGUCUGGUUAAUGAACGACUUUAUUCUUCUAUAAAUAAAUAUACAGUAUAUAUAAAUAAAGUGUCCUGGACAAUCCUUCAAAAUAAAAGCAUUGUGUCCUGGCAGAGGGACUUUUUCUUGGAGAGGGAAGUUCAGGCUUUUAUUUUGAAAAUCUCUCCAGCGCGAUAGUCCGUCUUCUUCUUCUUCGUAAAUCAUUUUUCGGAUUAUUCGAACAGAUCUCAGAGCAGCCGAAACUCUUCCUGUGUGAAGUCCAGGUGUUCCUUAAAACAGGUACCAGUUACCAUGACAACCUGUAAGAACUGACCCCGCCUCCUGCUGGACGCCGAUCCAUUUACUGUUUUUUGACAUGGACUGCACUGGUUACCAUAGUGACUGAAACAUAGCAGAUGUGUGUGAGUGAGUGUGUGUGAGUGAGUGUGUGUGUGUGUGUGUGUGUGUGUGUUAUCAUGUGAUCAGUAUUAUUGAUUGUUUUUAAAAAGCUUGAGAGCCGAUGUAAUCAAUGUUUUAAUGUCAAUCUGUGAUUGGUUCAUCUGAAAGAAACUUUAUCACUUUGUCUUAAAAACACUUUAAAAACGUGUUUCCUGAUUGGUUAAUAGCACAGACAAGUUCGACCAAUCAGAUGGCCCCGCACUGCUCCUAUGCCCAUAUAUGGUGAUAAGGCUGUUCCCAACUUUAUACACCAAACUUAAGCCACUUGGGGCGGGGCCUGAUGUAUGACAUCACACUGCAGGUACAUGGAGUGCAGAUAUUUAUUUUUGUAGGAUGGGAGGGGAAAGUCCCGCCUCCUUCAUCUCUGAUUGGUUAGAGGAGCUGGAAGCGUCAUCACACGCUCAACCAUCCUACAAAAAAACAAAAUCCUGCCUGCAGGAACCCGGUGUGACGCGACGCUUUCUGAUCUCUGCCAGUGAUUGGUCAAUCAGUCAGGUGUUCAGAGACAGGUGUGCACUUCCUGUUUUAUCCACUAGAUGGUGCUGUAACAAUCGUCACUUUCAGCUUUACUAAUAAAAUCAGUCGUUUUCUGAAA